AUGACCCAAGACAAUCGCCGGAGAUCUCCUUAUUCUCAUGUUCUUGAACGAACUGCUAUUAUGAAUCCUCAAACGCUGCAAGAAUAUCUCCUUACAUGCUACCCAAUCUUGCUCAUGCUGCUGUUCGUCGUGGUCUGUGUGACCAGGAUGGUCGCCAAGAGCAAGACCGAGCAAAAAGUGUCACAGAACAAAGAUGGCCAGCUUCCCAGGCGGACCCGGAACCCGAUGGCUUCCGGUCAGACUAAGCCUUUCUCUGGCACCGUCAAACACUACUUCAUCUGGCUUUCUGCUGGUGUGCUUGUGACGUUCCUUGUUGAUGCCACGGUCCAUAUCACCCAUGUGUUAAUGGCCCGUUCCGUGCAUCGGUGGCGCGGACAGUCAGUAGUGAUUUAUAUCGUCGGCUCUAUUUUUGCCUACGCAGUUAUUCUUGUCAGCAUAGUCGAUACCACACCUUCCCCGACGGCCACUCAGCUCACAUGUUGGUCCUUCGCCAUUCUCGCCGAGCUCAUCAUUUUUACCACGACCCUCUCGCUUUACACCUCCGUCUAUCGUGAGCCAGUAGUCGGUAACCGCAGCGGAGGCCCGAUAUGCCAAGGGAUCACCUUUUGGGAGUGCAUGGAAUUGGUCCCCAACGGUGUCCGUAUCUUGAUUCUGAUCACUCUCGUUCUACUCUACUACACCAAGUCCGGUGCUCCUAUAGAUCAUGAUGAAAACUUAGAGGAGGAGCCAGAUCAUGCUACUGAGGCAACUGGAUUGCUGAAGUCUCCGCGCACAAAGGGCUGUGGUGGUAAAGGUCACGCCUACGGUUCAACAGGCGGAGCUGCGAGACCCGCAGAGCCCAAACCACCAAGAUCCUGGGUUGGGGCGAUAACUACGGUUCUGGCGGACCAGCAAGCCGGAAACACAUUCUACACCCCAUGGUUCGAGAUAUGCAUGUAUGUUUUCUGCCUGUGGCUACAGGAAGUUCUGGGCUCUCUACGCACUGGCCUUUGGAUACCGAUGGGCCAGUAUUCCUACCUGGAGCUUUCUGCUGCCGUUUUCGAACAUGUUCACAGCCUCAGUUUGGACUUUCACCUAGAAAAACAGACGGGUGAACUCCUAUCAGCUCUGAACAAAGGCAAAUCGGUCAAUUCAUUCCUAGAACAAGUCACCUUUCAGUUCCUUCCUACGUUAGCUGACCUGCUCAUCCCAAUUGGGUACUUUCUGGUUGCAUUUGAUGUCUACUAUGCUCUUGUGGUUGGGAUCUCGGCAUUUGUUUAUCUUUAUGUCACCAUUCGCAUGGUCCAGUGGAGUGCGAAGACCAGGAGACAGAUGGUCAAUGCUUCGAGACAUGAAGAUGCGGUGAAAAACGAUUCAAUGAUGUCAUAUGAAACGGUGAAAUAUUUCAAUGCGGAGCAACACGAGUUUGACCGCUACCGCCGUGCUGUGUGCGAUUUCCAAACUGCUGAGUACUACUCAUUCCUCUGCGGAGCCAUGAUGAGCACCAGUCAAAAAACUGUGUUGACGACCUCUUUAUUGUUCACAUGCUUCAUCGCUGUAUACCAGGUCUCAACCCUCCAGCAGCCUGUGGGUCAAUUUGUGACAUUGUUGAUGUACAUGGCCCAGCUCCAAGGCUCAUUGAGCUACUUCGGUGCAUUCUAUGUUUCUAUACAAUCUUCUUUGAUCAAUGCCGAACGCAUGUUGGAACUUUUCAGAGAGCAGCCGACAGUCACUGAAAGCCCUUGUGCUACCCCAAUGGCCACUUGUCAAGGAAUGAUCGAGUUUCAGGAAGUUGGCUUCUCAUAUGAUGCACGGAAGCCUGUAUUGAAUAGUCUUUCGUUUAGCUGUCAACCUGGGUCCACUACGGCCCUAGUUGGAGAAUCUGGUGGGGGCAAAUCUACGGUUCUCCGUCUCCUCUUCCGAUACUACAACUCUACGAAUGGCAAAAUUUUCGUCGACGGACAUGACGUGAAGAAUAUUACUAUUGAUUCUCUUCGAAGAAAUAUCGGUGUCGUGCCGCAGGAUACGAUGCUUUUCAACGAAACCUUGAUGUACAACCUCAAGUACGCGAAACCCGAUGCCUGUGAUGAAGACGUCCACCGGGCCUGUCGCAUGGCCGAUAUUCAUACCAAGAUCAAGAGCUUCCCAGAUGGCUACAAUACUAGGGUUGGAGAGCGCGGACUACGACUGAGCGGUGGCGAGAAACAGCGUGUGGCAAUCGCUCGUACCAUUCUCAAGAAUCCUCAAAUCAUACUGCUGGAUGAAGCUACUUCCGCGCUCGACACUCAAACGGAAGAGCAU